AUGCAACCUCUAUCACCUUGUGCUGUAGUGAUUACUGGUCAAUUAGGAUUUGGUGGGUGUGGAUCACCGAGAUUAAAACCAAAAUCUGUUAAAUCAUCUUUUAACAACUCAUCACCAUCAACUACUUCUUCUCAUCAAAAAUCAUCUAGAAUCGUUCAAUCCAUUUUAUCAUCUGUUUUACAAUUGGCUUCAAGUACGAACUCAACAGUGGAAUUCACUAAACGUGAAUUUGUAAAUUCACAAAUUGAACCAUCAAAUAAAAAAUCCUUAUUAUCGGAAAUGUUGAAAAAAAAUAUUGAUUCAAAGGAAAUGAAUCAAACUUUACGAGGAAAAGCCAUAAUAAAUGACGUUAUUACAACUGACAAUGAAACUAUAUCAAAUACUUCAACAAAGAAAGUCUUGAAAUUUGGUAAUUGCCCGUUGGUGGUUCGUGAAAGAUCUUCAACACAUGUAAAUGAUGAUGAUUCUUCAAAACCAAAUUUGUCUACCGCGGCAGCAGCAACUACAACAGUUACUAGUACGACCGAAUCACCAACUUCUUCUCAUUCUACAGCAUCAAAUUAUUCUACUGCCGUAUCAAUAUUAACACCUACAAAUACUACAAUUCAUUAUUACAAAUCAAAAUCAUUACCAUACCCAAGAAAUGGUAUCAUUAUGAAUGCACAACCAAUAAAUUUAAGAAGAAAAGGAAUUCCCAUACCAUUAUAUAAUCAUUAUGGUAGUAAAGAUAAAUUUUAUAGACGAAAACUUUGCCAUCGUCAUAAUUAUUAUGGUGAUGAAAAAAGUAAAGAUAAAAAAUUAAAUUUAGAAUGGACAAAAGAUUCUGAUGAUAUACUUUGGCCUAUAUCCGAAGAAUGGUUGCCACAUGAUCCAUUAUGUGAAGAUCGAUAUAUAACGAUUAGUAAGAAAUCUCUAGAAAAAAAAAUGAACUUAAAUUCCAUCCUUGAAUCAAUAAAUUCUACAGAAAAAGAUAAAGAUGAUGAUGAUAAAUUUUACAAAGAUUUAUAUGAGAUACUUGGUUGCACAUCUUCUUGUACUACAGAACAAAUUUCUACCGAAUAUAAAAAACGUGCAUUAAAUUGUCAUCCUGACAAAGUUAAAGAUGAAAAUGCCAAAAAGAAAUUCUACCAAUUAUCAACUGCUUACAAUAUUCUAACGGAUGAAAUCGAACGUUCUCAAUACGACAGAUGGCGUACAGGAUCAAUCAAGAUUCCUUACAAGAUGUGGAGAGAAAUGGUUAUGAGAAGAGGUCAUACUGUUCAUUGGACAUCGCCACCAAAACAACCACUUAAAAUAACUGAUUCUUUAGAUACAGAAACUUCUUCUAAUCAAUCUUACGAUAAUAAUACAUGCAUUAAAUAUAAUACUUCUAAAUUUGGAAGAAAAAGUCGUCAAGAUGAUUUAUAUGAAAAAUUUAGAAAUUAUGAAAUUUAA